GCCGGUCACGUUGCCGGUGGAAGUGUGUGUGGGAAGGGCAAACUUUCAAACUCACUCCAACCACAAAAGAACACAUUUAGUCAAAGUUGUGUCCGUCCGUGGAAGAAGAACAUUCUCUCCGUCUCUCCUGUUUCGAACUUUUUUGGACGCGUUCCGGUUCGACGUUGUUUCCUACUUGUACAGUCGCCGAGUGUGUGUGCUACCUGCAUCCGCGUUCGGCGUCUUGUUUUCGGAUUGGACCCUCCGCGGCCCCGCGGUUGAGGAGACGACGGAGCUCGCCAGCCAGAAAGGAUGUUUUGCCGGAAUCAAACGACGAGAGCCACCGUGGCCCGCAGCUCGGCUCUUGAAAUGGAGAUACGACGAGGGAAGUUCCGAAGGAGUCUUUAUGUUAAUACAUCUCAGGACAGCGACAUCCAGAAGAAAAUCGACCAUGAGAUCAGGAUGCGCGACGGGGCCUGCAAGCUGCUGGCCGCCUGCUCGCAGAGGGACCAGGCCUUGGAGGCGGCCAAGAGCCUGCAGACGUGCAGCACCCGCAUCAUGGCCUACAUGUCCGAGCUGCAGAAGAUGAAGGAGGCGCAGGUCAUGCAGAAGGUCGCGCGGAGGUCAUCGGAGGCCGGCGUCAUGGACGCCAGACUGCCGUGCAAAGGGAGAGUGGCCAUAUCAGAUCUGCGUAUUCCCCUCAUGUGGAAAGACACGGAGUACUUCAAGAACAAAGGAGAGCUUCAUCGCUGUGCAGUGUUUUGCCUCCUGCAGUUGGGAGGGGAGAUCUUCGACACGGACAUGGUGAUCGUGGACCGCACGCUGACUGACAUCUGCUUCGACAACACAAUAGUAUUCAGUGAGGCCGGCCCUGGGUUCGAGCUGCGCGUGGAGCUGUACAGCUGCUGCUCGGAGGACGACUGCUCGGCGGGGAGCACGCCCAGGAAGCUCGCCAGCAAGCUGAGCUCCUCUUUGGGUCGCUCGGCCGGGAAGAAACUGCGGGCGGCCAUGGAGCCCGGACCCUGCAGUCCUGUCAGCAAUGGAGGGGCGUCGCCUCUUCUGCUGCCCGUUCCUUCUGUGCCGGGCCCCAAGUACCACCUGCUGGCUCAUACCACCCUGUCGCUGUCACACGUCCAGGACAGUUUCCGCACACACGACUUCACCAUCUCCGGCAACGAGGAGUGCUCAUACUGGCUGCCCCUCUAUGGAAGUGUGUGUUGCCGCCUGGCAGCCCAGCCUCACUGUAUGACCAAACAGAUGAUGAGCGGACCUUUGAAGGUGUCGCAGUUGGGAGGUGAGCGCCACAGCUGGACUAACGUGCACGGCGUCCUGAAAGGAAGCAGCCUGUGCUGCUACCAACGACCGGAAGACGUGGAAGACAACGUAGACCCAGCCUUCACUAUCGCCAUCAACAAGGAGACGAGGAUAUGCGUGACGGAGAAGGACGCUCAGGGCAAAGCUCAGAACGUUUGCGUCAGUAACCAAUAUGGAGGUGAAGAGGUCACGCACACACUGACCACAGGCGAUGGAGAGGAAACACACAGGUGGAUGGAGGCCUUCUGGCAACACUUCUAUGACAUGAGCCAGUGGAAGCAGUGCUGUGACGACUUGAUGAAAAUUGACCAGCCGUCGCCGCGGAAACCGGCCCCUGUCACACCCAAGCAGGGCUCCCUUUACCAUGAAAUGGUUAUUGAGUCUUCGGAUGAGUUGGGCAGCAGCGUGUCGGACAUGUUUGCUCGGAGGAUGCAGGAGUUGGAGCUGCGCAGCCAGUGGGGCGCGUCCCCCACCUGGAUGUCCCUGUUUGAGGAGAACCACGGCAGGAGCACCGCCCACCCUCGCCCGUGCACCCCCCGGUUGGCCGGCCACAGCCCGCUGGACCCUCGCCGCCUCUCCCGCAGCCCCGCCAGCCCCCAGCGAGGUCUCCUGUCCUCAGACGCCAGCCUGACGUCGGACAGCGACAGCCACUGCAGCACCAGUCCCUGCUCCCGCCAUCACGGCUGGAGCGAGCUCGCGCCCAGCUUCUCCCUCCUGGCGUCCUCCUCGCCUUCCCGCCUGAGGCCUCGCACGCUGUCCUUAGACGCCAAACUGAGUACGCUGCGGGGGAGGGGCUACGCAGGGGGCGGGGCCUUCCACUGCCCAUGCCAGCCCUCCGCCGCCGCCACCACCGCCGCUUCCUCGCGGUCGCCGCUGUCCCAGCGCAGCACGCAGACCACGCUGUCCUGCUCCAGCUCCACGUCCAGCAGCAGCUCCAGCAACAGCGAGGGAGGACACAGUCCCGAGUCCUCGGAGUGCGCCGCCUUCUCUCGGCCCUCGCCGGCCCGCCGCAGCCUUAGGAACCUCAGGGCCAGACUGGACCCUCGCAACUGGCUCCAAAGUCAGGUGUGACCUCCCGGGUGGGCUCGUCCAUCAUCAUGUGACUCCUGGGGUGUUUAUAGGACAAGACCAGACUGGUGACAAUCACUAUGAUUAUGAUUACGAUUAUGAGCACGAUUAAAAUAAUGAUCAUGAUUGUGAUCAUGAUCAUGACCUUGAUUGUUUUUUAUAACCAUGAUGAUGAUCAUGAUUUUAUAAUUGUGAUUAUUAUGGUUGUGAUUACGAUUAUGAUCAUGACUAUGAUCAUGAUUAUGUCAUGAUUGUGAUCACGAUUAUGGUCAUGAUCAUGAUUAUGAUCGUGAUUUUACAAUCGUGAUUAUGAUUGUGAUCAUGAGUAUGGUCGUGAUUAUUAUUAUGAUUAUGAAUGAUAACUUUUAUAAUCAUUAUAAUCGUGAUUUUACAAUCAUUAUUGUGAUCAUGAUUAUGACUUUGAUCAUUUUAAUAAUCAUGAUUAUGAUCAUGAUUUUACAAUUGUGAUUAUGAUUAUGGUUGUGAUGAUUGUGAAUAUGAUCAUGAUUAUAUCAUGAAUAUGAUCAUGACCACGAUUAUGGUCAUGAUCAUUAUUUUGAUUGAGAUCAUGAUUAUUAUUGUGAUCAUGAUUAUGACCAUGAUCUUUUUGAUAAUCAUGAUUAUGAUCGGGAUUUUACAAUCAUGAUGAUUAUGAUCAUGAUUAUGAUUAUGAUCACGAUUAUGUUCAUGAUUAUAUCAUUAAUAUGAUCAUGAUCACGGUGAUAGUAUUGAUCAUUAUUAUUAUUGUUAUCAUGAUAAUGACUAUGAUCGUUUUUACAAUCAUGAUUGUGAUUUUAUCGUCGUGAUUAUGAUGCUUAUGGUUGUAAUUAUGAUUAUGAUCACGAUUAUGUUCAUGAUUAUAUCAUGAAUAUGAUCACGGUUAUGGUCAUGAUCAUUAUUAUGAUUAUUAUUGUGAUCAUGACUAUGAUCGUUUUUACAAUCAUGAUUGUGAUUUUAUCGUCGUGAUUAUGAUGCUUAUGGUUGUAAUUAUGAUUAUGAUCACGAUUAUGUUCAUGAUUAUAUCAUGAAUAUGAUCAUGAUCACGGUUAUGGUCAUGAUCAUUAUUAUGAUUAUUAUUGUGAUCAUGAUUAUGAUCGUUUUUAUAAUCGUGAUUAUGAUCGUGAUUUUACGAUAGUGAUUAUGAUUUUGAUCACAAUUAUGAUCAUGAUUAUAUCAUGAAUAUGAUCAUGAUUAUGAUAAUGAUCACGAUUAAGGUCAUUAUUAUGAUUGUGAUCAUGAUUAUGAUUUUACAUAUGAUAUAAUUGUGAUUUUACAAUUGUGAUAAUGAUGACUAUGAUCAUGAUUAUGAUCAUGAUUAUGAUCAUGAUUAUCUUCAUGAUUGCAUCAUGAAGAUGAUCAUGAUCACGAUUAUGGUCAUGAUCAUUAUUAUGAUUGUGAUUAUGACUAAGCUCGUUUUUAUAAUCAUGAUUAUGAUCGUGAUUUUAUCACUGUGAUUAUGAUGAUUAUGGUUGUGAUCAGGAUUGUGAUUACGAUUAUGAUCGUGAUUAUGAUGUCACGACUGGGAGGUACUCGCUCACUUUGACAAUUUGCUGCUUGCUGUUACUCUUCUACCUUCACUUCUUUCAACUGGAAACUCUUUUUUUAAUUUGAUGUAUGUUUGGCCCUCCUCAUCAUCCACCUGCAGCAUUUCUGGGACUACAUGGUGUACUUCCUGAAAAAGAUGCCUGUAUGUUUGCCACCAUCGCACGUCAGCAUGUGUCAGAAUGUGUGUCAAAGGUGUUCAUCUCUUGCCAAGACUGUGAUCUCCAACUAUUUAAUUAUAAUAAUAAUAAUAAUAAUAAUAAUAAGUAUGAUCUUCUUAUUUUCCCCACACACAUUUUGUUGGUGCUUUUACUGACCUGAGAUUAUGUCAUUAUAAGGAAAGGGGAAAAAGCAGUAUUAGGGCCAUGAAGAGAAGAAAUUAAUAAUAUAUACACUGUAUACAGUAGUUGGCUUUUAGGGAUGUGCAAACAAAUCCAUUCACAUCCUAAUUGCAAUCAAUUCUUAUUUAUACCAAGUUAGCAAUUGUGUGUGUGUGUGUGUAUGUGUGCGUGUGUGCGUGCGUGCGUGCGUGUGUGAUUUUAUAUAUAUAUAUAUAUAUAUAUAUACAUGUAUAUAUGUAUAUAUAAUUACACAUAUAUAUGUAAAUAUACAUUAUAUAUAUGUAUAUGUGCAGAUAUAUUUGUAAUUAUAGAUAUGUGUAAUUAUCUAUAUACAUAUAAUGUAUAAUUAUAUAUAUAUGUGUAAUUAUAUAUAUAUACAUAUAUAUGUAUAUACAUCUAUAUGUGUAUAUAUAUACAUACAUAUGCAUAUAUGCUUAUAUAUACAUAUAUGUAUGUAUGUGUUUAUAUACAUAUAUGUAUUAAGGUGUGUAUGUACUGUAUUUGUGUGUGUAUAUAUAUACAUAUAUGUGUGUGUAUAUGCAUGUAUAUAUGUAUGUAUGUAUAUAAAUAUGUAUAUUUGUGUGCAUGUACAUAGGUUUAUGUGUAUUAUAUAAUGUAUAUUUGUGUGUGUAUAUAUGUAUAUAUAUAUAUGUUUGUAUAUGAUGUGUAAAUAUAUUUGUGUGUGUGUUUAUAUUUAUAUAUAUAUAUGUAUAUAUAUAUGCACACAGACAUACAAAUAUAUUUAUUUGUAUGUAUGUAUAUAUAUAUAUAUAUAUGUACAUAUAUAUAUAUACAUACAAAUAAAUAUAUAUAUAUAUGCAUAUAUAUGUAUAUAUAUAUGUAAAAAUGUAUAUAUAUGUGUGUGUGUAUAAAAAAUUAUAUAUAUAUAUAUAAAAAUAGCUCUCGCCGCACUAAUGUUAGCAGUAACAAGCUUUUGCAACCUGUCACCAGUUUUGUUUUUAUUUGUCAAGCCUUUAAACUGAUAAUAUAUUGCGAGAACCGUUUUGAAUCGAGAUUUCAAUUGAGUCAAUUCCAGGAAUCGGAAUUGUGAGUUCUUGUAAGGUUCACAUACCCAACAUACAACAAUUUCUAUUAGCACAUACACCGUAACUAAACAAGAAUUGGAAUAGUAUGGAGUAAAGUCAGGGUAUUAUAAAGUUUUACAUCUUAAACAUUUCUUUGGAUUAAUAUUAACCUGUUAUAAUAAAGUCAAAAACAUAUACUUCAUUUUUUUUCUGUCGAUAUUCAAAUUCUUGCUCAUAAAAUGUAUCAUUGCUAAUUUAUUGUGAUAAAAUGUGAUAAUUUUGUAGACUUUUUUUGUGGCCCUAAUACUUCUUUGUAGUAUAGAAAGUUGAACACACCCCUCAUAAAAUCCUAAAUAUACGUAAUAAUUACAUUGCACAGUGUACUGUAUAACCUCUGAAAUUGAACCAAAUAUAAACAACUUUGUUUGGACAAAAUCAGACACAAAAUAAUACAUAUGGAAUAAUUUGGUUGUAAGGAAAGAACAACCUAAAGUAGAAUACUAUAUUAUACUAUCAGUGGUCCCUUUGUUUAUUACUUUUUUUUUUUCAUUAUAAAAAAAUGGGUAUUUUAACAAGGUUGUGUUCACUUUGCAUCAGUUUUUUUUAAGGUCAAUUGAUAAAAAGCCAUACUUAAUUCUUCCAGUGUCCAGUAAAAUGUGAAAAAUAUAUCCGUUAAUCAAUGAUAAGACAAAUCUUUUUUAUCUCCUUUUUGGUGCAACUUUCUAUAAGAUUCAGUUGUUGCCUGUGGAAAGUAAAACAUUUUCCAUCCUGGAUGUUCAUUGUUCCUGUUACUGUACUUUGUUUUCAUUUCUUUCUUUGUCGACAUGAUUCUGUGCAUAGAUAUCGACUGAUACUGUGUAGCUGUCCUGCGCUAUGACGUCAUCGACAUCGUCGUAACGCUGAACUGACGGGCUUUGUGUUCUGCAUGUAAACCUUCCAAAAAGACUUUAGCAUUGUGGGAAUCUCAAAUUAUUAAUAAUAAUAAUAAUAAUAAAAGAUUUAUUGCUUUAAGAA